UGCUGAGGUUACUGUUAGGACCUGAGCUGCUGCUGCACCUCUGUGGCAGAAGCAGAAACUCCGAUUAAGCAUUGUUACAGGUGAAUUCCCAGUUUAAAACAGGUGGAGGAAUUUCUCUGUAUACUCUGCUCCAAUCCAGCAGCACAGAUGCACAAUGGCCACAGAGUUUAUAAAGAACUGCUGCAGGACAUGCAUACGAGGUGACAAGGGGAACGCUCUAAAUAAAGAAGACACAUCCAAAGUCAACGAUAAGGGAUCCCAUAUUGUUGACCUUCCUCCUAUGUCCUCUGUCUCUGUAAAUAAACAAGUUGGGUGUACAGAAGACUAUCUGAUUUCCAAGCUACCAUCUGAUGGGAGAGAAGUUCCAUUCAUUGUGCCAACAUUCAGGCAAUCUUAUAUACAACCCAAGGCCACAGCAAAUCCCAGCCAGCUGGAUGCCUUGAAAGGAUCUGCUCGUGCAACUUUCACAGACCGAAAGACUGAGCUCUCAGCCAUGUAUCAGCAAGAUCUAAAUUAUGAUGUGGUGUAUAACCCAGGCUAUGUCCUGCAGCAUGUUUCCCCUGAUAUGAUUAGGCGGGGAAAACUGAAAACAGACUCUGUCAGAUUAUAUGGCUCAGUGUGUGACCUAAGGAGUAACAAGGUACCUGAUUCCCCUGGUGGGACUGGCAUUCUGUAUGACUUGAAUGGAUCUUCCCGAAACAUACAGAGAUAUGAUUCUGUUUCCAGCAUCCGAAGCAGUAACUCAUCCAGAAAAGAUUCACAAGGGAGCCUUGAUACGAUAACAUUAUCAGGUGAUGAGAAAGAUUUUGGAAGACUCCAUCUCAAACUCCGGUAUAUUGUGGCUGUUGAACAAAUCUGGAUUACUGUCGUGAAGAUCAAAGACCUUAGCUGGCCUGUGAGCUGCGGAGAAAAGCCCAGUGUCUAUAUUAAAGGUAUGAUUACCUUGCCCAAAGCUGUGCCUUUUAAAUCCUCAGCUAAAGAAGGCUCUUUGGACAUUGAAUUGAUGGAAACCUUUGUCUUUGCUAUCAAGCGACAAACUCUGCAGACAGUAAAAUUGGUUUUCAAUGUGCUAAGUUUGACUCCUAGGAAAAGAACCAUCAGCCAUUGUUCAAUAUCCCUGCGAGAUUUGAGUGAGGAGGAGACAGACCAUUGGCUGGAAUUGGUGCCAUCUUCCAAAGUAUCGGUCUAUCAGGCUGAACUCCAGGUUGGGACCUGCUUUCAAGCAAUAAACAGCAGGAUUCAAUUACAAAUUCUCAAAGCUCAGAACCUGCCAAACUCCUCUACACCACUUUCCAUAAAUUUUUUUGUGAAAGUGGAAAUGUUCAGCACAGAGGGACUAUUAAACAAGAAAAAGACCCGUUCACUGAAAGUUACCAAUGGUCAGGUGAACUGGGGAGAAACCAUGAUUUUUCCUGUAACAUUGAAAGAAGAGGGGAUCAAUUUUCUGAUCAAACUUUACAGCAGGGGCUCAGUGCGGCGGAAGCAUUUCAUCGGGCAGGUAUGGAUUAGCAGUGAUAGUAGCAGCAGUGAGGCUGCAGAUCAAUGGACUGACACAAUCCAACACCCAGAGAAAGUGGUCACCAAGUGGCAUAGCUUGAAUCCCUCUUGAAACAGACACCAAAUACAGUACUGUCUGACACAGAAGGAAUUAAAUACCUGAGAGCCAUUUUGUUGUAGGAUGGAUGGCACCACAGCAGCAAAUAAAAAGCAUUUACCUUU